AUGGCGAAUUUACAUCGCUCUAGAGUCUACGCAGAUAUCAAUUCCAACCGUCCAGUGGAUAAUUCUGAUAUUCUCCAUUUUGAAGUCAAAUGGUCUGAGGCAAACUUUGAAAUUUUUGAGCAGCUUGGAAAAGGUACUUUUGGAGAAGUGUAUAAGGCCAGAAAUCUCCACAAUGAUCGAAUCUACGCCCUGAAGGUUAUGCUUAAGAAGCACAGGAUACUUAGUUUUAAUCGCGAGACCAUGAUACUAGAGGAAUUACAAGGAUGCCCAAAUAUCAUUAAAUAUAUUGGAGCAAUCAAAGAGCUACCGGAUCUUGGUGGUCCGGUCCUCGUCUUUCAAUACGUUGAUCCAAGGGGUUACGAUGACUUUGCUUCCCACGCAUCUCCAGAUGAGAUUCGCUUCUAUAUGUUCCAGCUACUGAAAGCUAUUGAAGCGUGCCACAGCAAGGGAAUCAUGCAUCGCGAUGUCAAACCCGAGAAUAUCUUGAUUGAACCACGGCGUCGCCGUCUCUAUCUCAUUGAUUUCGGUCAUGCUGAUUACUACUUCCCCGGAAAGGAAUAUUCUAUUCGCGUCUGUACUCGCUACUACAAAGGCCCUGAACUCCUAAUUGACUUCAAACAAUAUGACUACUCUUUAGAUUUGUGGUCAUUUGGUUGCGUGUUUGCGGAACUGAUUUUCAAGUGCCAAGUAUUCUUUUGGGGUCGCACUAACGAAGACCAGUUGAGUAAAAUAGCGCAAGUUAUGGGAACCAAAGCCAUUGUAAAGUAUGUGGAGAAGACUGGCGUUCAGAUGACUCAAAUCAUUAAAGAUCACAUUGGAAAUUUUGCGCGUGUAUCCCUGAAGCGCUUCGUGAGUGCAAAGAACCGCAGAACCGCAACAUCACUGGCUGUGGAUCUUCUUAAGAAACUCCUUGUAGUGGAACAUUGGCAUCGGCUAAGCGCGGAGGAAGCAAUGAGUCAUUCCUAUUUCGGCGAUAUGUAUUCGGACUCAAGCAUGUGA